GUCAUCUGUCGCGUUCCCGCCAGUGAAGAAUUACCUGCGUGCGCAGGCACAACGUGGAGAUGGGUGUGAGUCUUUGAUGGUGGAAGCACGAAGUUAUCGAGCAAGAGUCCACAUAUGGAAGCCACACAUUGGUAAGGAACCUCCGGAAGAGAGUGAAAUGUGCACUUCCUUCAGUCACCCGCUCUGUUAAAAACGAGCAAACUCAUUCAGCAGUGCAGCCUGUAAGUAAAUGUGCUAUGCUUGUAGAUAUCUAGCUAUAUAUGGAGUGAUUACGUUAUUUUCAUAUAGAUGAAAUAGCCAUCACCUGAAUAACUACAUGGUGUAUCAUAAAAACAAUUCGACAAAAUGUUUUUGACAAGAUCGGAGUAUGACAGAGGCGUGAAUACGUUUUCUCCGGAGGGAAGGCUUUUUCAAGUGGAAUAUGCCAUAGAGGCUAUCAAGCUGGGAUCCACAGCCAUUGGGAUCCAGACAGCUGAAGGGGUGUGUCUUGCUGUAGAGAAAAGGAUAACUUCUCCCCUCAUGGAGCCAAGCAGCAUUGAGAAGAUUGUUGAGAUUGAUACGCACAUAGGCUGUGCCAUGAGUGGCUUGAUAGCUGAUGCCAAAACGCUAAUCGACAAAGCGCGUGUGGAGACGCAGAACCACUGGUUCACCUACAACGAGACGAUGACGGUGGAGAGCGUCACCCAGGCCGUGUCCAACCUGGCUCUGCAGUUCGGCGAGGAGGAUGCUGACCCCGGUGCCAUGAGCCGACCCUUUGGUGUUGCGCUGCUUUUUGGAGGACUGGAUGAGAAGGGGCCGCAACUGUACCACAUGGACCCGUCGGGCACGUUUGUGCAGUGCGAUGCCCGUGCCAUUGGCUCAGCAUCUGAAGGAGCCCAGAGCUCCCUCCAGGAGGUCUACCACAAGUCCAUGACGUUAAAGGAUGCCAUCAAGUCCUCCCUCACCAUCCUGAAGCAGGUUAUGGAAGAGAAGCUGAAUGCGACUAACAUUGAGCUGGCCACAAUAGAACCGGGGAAGACAUUUCACAUGUACUCAAAGGAAGAGCUAGAAGAGGUCAUUAAGGACAUCUAAGGCCGAAGGGAGCUUCAGGCCACGCAUUUCCUUGUGGCACUUUUGCAGAAUAUUUUGGUUUUGCUGUCCGCGCAGGAACUAGCUCUUAGUCAUGUGUCUCUUUUUUUUUUUUCUUCCCCUUUCUUAACCGAAGAUUUCUACAAGUCUGUAAAUACUGCAGAACAGCAGCAGCAGAACUGGGAAUUAAGUCCAAUAAAAUGGGGAGGGAGGGGGGGGCGGGGGUACUUUUUGUUACAGCUCAAUGCAACAAUAAAUCUGUCAAAUGUUUAACAAAAAUAAAGCUGUGUGUAUGCUGCAGUCUCCCAUAAUGUGGACGGUUCCUUUGGCAAAACUUUGAGAUCCGGAACAGCCUAUUUCUCAAUCGAUAAAUGUUUAAACGCCAUGAAGAUAUUUUUAUUAACUGUGAGGCCUCUCAGGGUAACACCAAAAAUAUAUAUAAUGGGGUUUAACAUGGCCUGUAUUGUGCUAUAUAGCACUGAGUUCUAAUUAAUAAGUUUAGAAAUAAUGUCUAAUUAUGUUCUUGUCAUAGAUAUGUACGGCACUAUGAAAAUAUGUUCGUGUUCCUGUAGCAGGUGCCUAAAAAGUAAGUGCUCAAGGAAGUGAAGAGAGAGAGUUUGCAUUCAAAACACAUUUUAUUGUAGUGUUUUGAUCCACGUGAAUCUUCAUCAUGCCUUGGAUAAAAAUGUCACAAUAAAAAGUGUGCAGUCUUCUAUCAUA